AUGUCAGCUAGUCCUAUUAUAUGUGACGAAUGUCUCGGACCAGAGGAAGACAUUAGAAUGAUUAAAGUCCCAGACGGUGCAGAGUGUAGGUUAUGUAAUUUAGCAUUUGACCUAUUCCAUUUCAAAAGAGAUAAAAGAUCAAAUACAAUAAUCAAAACUAUUAUAUGUUCCACAUGUGCCAAACAAAGAAAUGUUUGUCAAUGUUGCAUGCUAGACAUGUUGUGGCAUAUUUCUAUUGAAGAACGAGAUCAGUUGUUAUCUUUAAUUAAGGGCUAUAACAUCACCACCAAAGAAGCAACAAAUGAGAUGAUGAAACGGUUUCUUGCAUUGAAAAAGGGUAAUAAGAAAAUUGGUAGUGCUGCGAUGAUGACCAACGAUAAAACACAGUUGGAUAUUUUAAUGCAAGAAAUGAAGGAGUCUUUGCAAAGAGAAAUGUCUAAAUUGACAACUAAUAAAUCAAAGGCUUCCUUGCAACAAUUAUCAAAGAUUGAUUUGAAUAAAUUUGCAAAUGUCAAUAUCCAACAUUUAUUAGAAAGAUUACCUUUAAACGAAUCCCUUGAAGAAAGCAAAAUUCAGACAACAAGAUUCUUCAUCUAUAAUAUAUACCCAUCUUUAGCUGAGUGGAAGAUAGCUGAUAGAAUAUCGCAACUAUUAAAUAACUCUAAAUGGAAAGAUGACCAUCCACUAUCUAUGAUAAUAAAUCAUAAGGCCACUUGUGGUUCAAUAAAUUUUAAAAGCCUAGAACUAGCACAAAAAUUUGUUAAUGUAUUAGUUUCAAAUGGUGAUAUUAUAUCAGGAACUGAUAAAUCUGGGAAUAUAGUACAAAGAGGUAUACUGAAAGUUGACUAUUUCAACCUAUAUGUUGUGCCAUGGGUAAAAGACAAUUUUACACAGAAUACAUUUGGAAACAAUACGAAAGAAUAUAUAAAACUGAGUAUAAUUCUACGAAAUACGGUGACAUCAGAUUUAAAAUUACUUGAACAGUCUCAUAGGAAGAGGAAGAAUAAUUCCAAUGAACUGACUGAUGAUAUAGAAGGAAAAAAGAAUAAAAAAAAGAAAAAGAGGAAAGAAACUAGAAGAGUAACAACAUCCUUUGCAUUAUAG